AUGAAUGUCGACGACCAUCCGAUGGCCUCUGGGCAGAACUACAGCGCCAGGAACCGCGUGCCCAACAUCCAGGAGUUUAUGAACCGCCUUGAUGCGGAGAAGAAGCAGCGCGAUGCCGAGAUCGACAACCAGCUGAAGAGCAAUAAGCGCAAUCCAGAUGUCAAGCUUCAUAAAAAUGACCUCCUCGAGCGAAAGGGCCAGCGCAAAGUGCGCGAUCCCGUCACGGGGAAGGAUGUUGGGAUUCGCGACGCCGAUAUGGACUUUGAAGAAGCAGUCGAAAACCCACAGAUGUCUGUUCCCAAUGGAAACUUGGGCAAACAUGCCACAAUAGCCGCUACAUCUCAGCAGUCCGGAGAAGAAUACCGCUAUGCUCAAGAUGUGACUGCGCCCCCCGAUCCAAUCCAGGAGGGGUCAACUUCCGACGUGCCCAUUCGCAGUGAGAAAACGUCCGUCUUAUUCUACAAGACUCCAUCUGUCAGCUAUGAGCCCAUGUUUACCGCCCUUGAGAUGCGGUCAAAUCUCCUGUGUGCCGGAAUCUUCAUGGGCAUCGUCUUCUUUGGGAGGCUGUUUGGUGGCCGGCUGCUCGGCCUGAUUCCCUUGGCCAUCUGCGUCACGUCUGGCGUCCACUUGUGGGUGCAAGAUUUGAUCCGAAAAGGACGAGAUUUGGAGUGGUCCAGUGAGCAGGAGCGUGGCGAAACCGCCACCAUCAACCUGAUUCCCGAGUCUGUUGAAUGGAUGAAUACUUUCAUCGGCGUUUUCUGGGGCAUGAUCAAUCCUGAAAUGUUUGCUGGUGUUGCAGAUACCAUAGAAGAUGUCAUGGCAGCAUCUGUUCCCGGUGUCAUUGAGCACGUCCGAGUUGCCGAUAUUUCUCAGGGCAGCAACCCUAUUCGAAUUCUCAACAUGAGAGCCCUUCCUGACUCUCAUGUUCAAGACAUCAAAGACGAGAUUCGCAAGGAGAAUGAAAAGACAAUGGAUGAAGACGAACUCGCCGCUGUUUCCCAAGCUGGGGCAUUCUACAACAUGGAAGUUUCUAUUGGCUACCAUGCCAAGCCCUCAGGAGCCGACAUCGCCUCCAAGGCCCGCAACAUGGGCAUGCAGAUUGUGUUUUACCUUGGAGUCAAGGGCCUUUUCGGAGUUCCCCUUCCCAUAUGGGUAGAACUAAUUGGUCUCGUUUGCACCGCACGUGUACGGUUCCAGCUUAGCCCAGAACCCCCGUUCCUCAAGACGAUGACGGUCACGUUGAUGGGUGUGCCCAAAGUGCAAGCCGGCUGUACUCCAAUGGUCCAGACAGGUGUCAACAUUUUGAACUUGCCUCUCAUCUCCAAUUUUGUAAACUGGGCUAUCAAGGCUACAGCCUCCAUGUACGUUGCUCCCAAGAGCUUGACUCUUGAUAUGAGCAGCAUUCUAUCAGGAGACGACAUCAAAAAGGAAACAGAAGCAUUUGGUGUCAUUUUCAUCAGAAUCCACAAAGCUACUGGCCUUAGCAAGCAAGACCAGCGUGGCAGCAAGGGCGGUGGUUCCGACCCCUACAUCACCAUUAGUUGGAGCAAGUUUGGCAAGCCCCAAUUCUGUACCCGAGUUAUCCAAGACAACCUCAAUCCUGUUUUCGAAGAGACGUGCGGCUUGCUGGUUACCAGUGACCUCAUUAAAGCUGACGAGCAGCUAUCAGUGGAGCUUUGGGAUAGUGACCGAUCAUCUGCCGAUGACGAGGUUGGCAAAAUCGAGUUGAGCAUCCAGCAGCUCAUCCAGCACCCCGGAAAGAUGUUCCAGCAUGUGUCUACGCUGAGCGGUCUCAAACCCGAUACUGUCAUGCCUGGUCAACUCCAUUGGGAAGUUGGAUUUUUCGGAAAGACGCAGUUCCGUAAAGCGCUUCGCACUGAUGGGCACAAUGUCAAUGUCGUUAAAGAGCUUGGCGAUAGGCCCGAAUUUCACGACGACUGGGGUACCAUUCAAAACGAGGAGGAAGACGCCGCUGUCCAUACGCCGCCUGAUCCUCUUUGGCCGUCGGGUAUCCUUAGCGUCGUUGUCCAUCAGAUUGUGGGCUUGGAGCUGGCUAAUGUCAAGGGCUCACAGGGCAACCGCAAAGGCAGAGAGUAUGAGCCCGCGCGCCCAGAAGCCGGCGAGGUCAAGGAAGAGCAAAGCAAGAAACUGCCGAGCUCCUACUGCACCAUCCUGGUCAAUGAUGAAUUGGUUUACAAGACUCGAACCAAGGUAGUUUCGUCACAGCCAAUCUUCAACGCGGGCACUGAGAAGUUUAUCCGGGACUGGCGCUCUUGCAUUGUUACCGUUGGUGUUCGAGACUCUCGCAACAGAGAGCACGAUCCAUUAAUCGGAGUAGUCCCUCUCAAGCUAUCCGAUAUCAUGCAAACCAACAGCGAGGUAACACGAUGGUAUCCUCUUGACGGUGGCAUCGGUUUCGGCCGUAUCCGUAUCUCCCUCCUCUUCCGGUCUGUUGAGCUCAAGCUGCCACCUCCACAGCUGGGCUGGGAUAUCGGAUCAUUUGAAUUUACCUCAGACACAAUCGUCGCGGCCAACUAUGCGCCAGCUAGUCACGUUCGGCUCCGAUUACGUACUGGAGGCUCUACUGCCAAUGUGAAGAAAGACCACUCUGUUCGUGAAGAAGGUAGCAUGAUUUGGAACAUUGGCGUUGCCGAAGACGAAAAGAAGCUUCGACUGCCAGUACGAUUCAGAUAUAAAUCACCCGUCUUUAUUGAAUUCCAUCCCGCCGGUAAGAGGGGUCCCGAUGCUUUUGCCGCGUUGUGGCUGCUGGAGCUCGUCGACAACCAAGAGAAGGAGUUUGACAUUCCUCUCUGGAAAUGCAACAAUCCCACACGACUAUCUCAAAACUACAUCACUGAAGAGAACUUUGCUUCUAUCCCUGACCUGGACAUUCAGGAGAUUGGACGCGUUCGAUUCAAGGGUCGCUUCUCUGCUGGUACCGACAUGGAUCAUAUUCGAUUUGUUACCGACAGCGACUCUCGCGAAACAAUUGAAACCUGGGAGGCGUGUUUUGCAGAGGGUGUACGACAACAGGAGGUCCAGCCUGAGAUUCCUCCAAUUGUACAAAAGCUGCAUGAUGAAUCUUUGACGCAAGGCCGAGAUGUACUUGCACAUGCUGACGAGAAAGAAAAAGAUCGCUGGCUUGCAAAAGAUGGCACUGACUGGACCGGGGCAUUUGGCCAAGACCCGCAAAACUUGAUGAACAAUCACAUGUCCAGCGCCGAUACUGAAGGACAUGAGCAUUUCGAGGUAGACACGGAUGAGAAUGAUGAAGACGACGAUGAGGUUCCAGAGAUUGUAAUGCGGAGGACGGAAACAGACCCAACAUACGGCUCGGCACCGUCUGAAGGUAGUGACGACCGCCAUUCCCUAGAAUCGGCUGGGACUAACACUUCGCGAAAGAGCAGCGCCAGCACCGGGAGCAAGAAUCCCAUCAGGGCGUACAAGAAUUACAAGGAGAAGAGCCGAGACUUGCACCGUAAGCAACGCGGGCUGAUGCAGUGGCUUCCCAUGCGCAAUGCACGGUUUGCCAAGGACGAAGCCAAGUUUGCGGUGCGCAAAGUGAAGAAGAUGGGAGCUUUGAAUGGACGGACGCCAGAUGUGGAGUCUGAGAUUUAA